AUGGCUUCCUUAACGGUUGUGAAUGUUUUAUAUGGCUACUUUAACACUAAAAACAACAAAUUGAAAUGGACUGGAUCAUUAGAAGACUUGAAAGCAUUCGUCCUAACUGAAAUCGACGAGGAAACAGCCGACAACACUACAUGGCGAUCGUCAGGAGGUGGGAGAUGGAAUUUCGAAAGCAAGCAGCUAACUGUUACUUGGCUGACGAAAAGCGAGAAUAUACUCUUUGGAGGAGAGAAGGGAAACGACUUAACAGAUCGAGUGUAUACUUUCUUAAGGCGGAAUGAAAUCAACGCCAAGAACGAUAACACUGCUAAUCUAAAAAGUUCCAUAGAAAGUCUAUUAGCUGAGGAGAGCGAAGAAGAGAGCGAAGACAGUCCUGAAGAAUCGCUUGACAGAAUAAACACUUUAUCAAAGAAAGAUCAGGGUAUAGCGAAUCGAGGAAGCGAUAUUACAUUGGGUGCGGCAUACCAACAUGAAAAAUACGAAGAAGACAUGUCAUAUGAAAAGUCGCAGAAUUUGCAUAACUCAUCAUCGGGUAAGUCAUUACAAAGUUCUCAAGACAAUGACUUAAUGCAAAUAAUAGAAGCAAUUAGCGAUAAAGUAAAGAAUCUUGCAACCGAAGUGAGACAGAUAAAGGCCAUUAACCCGCAAUUAAACAAUCAAGAUUUAAUUAAUGACUUUAGAGAAGAAAAUCGAAAGCUUAAUUCGCAAAAUGAACAGCUACAAGAAAGAAAUACAGAUAUUUCAUGUACCAUGACAGAUCUCCAUAUGAAAAUCAAAAACUUGGUAAAUGAAAGAGAUUGUCUAGUUACAACACUCAAGAUUUUACACCUUGACCGAAAGGAUAUCGAAAAGCAACCCGCAACCUCUGGAUGGCGUAAGGUAAAAUCAAAUGGCCCAGCUAAGACAUUAGACAAUUAUUCGCCUGUUAUAACAUCCCAAUCGAUAUGAAAUUCUCGAGGAAGAAUCGAAAAAAGAGAGUUACGAUCAAGUAAUUCAUACUGAAGAUGUAGAUUUGCAAACGAAACGAUACAAACACGGAAAGACAACUCGAUCAGACCAAGCGAAAAGUAAGCCAAAAGAUAACGCUAACGGAAACACAGAGAAGUCUGUCAAAACGACAUAUAUUGUUGGUGAUUCUAUGAUUAAACAUUUGGAUUGUCAUAGACUAAAGCGUUCCGUUCAGAACGGGAACAAGCGAGUGCAUGCAGAGACGUAUCGAGGAACCACAACUGAUGCAAUGCAAUACCACAUUAAGCCAUGUCUCCAAAGAAAACCUGACGAAAUCAUUCUACACGUUGGGACAAACGAUCUCAAAGAGAAAAAUUACAUUAGGCAUUACAUUAGGAAUUACAUUAGGCAUAAAAAUAUUGGAGUUAAUCAUUUAAACACAUAUGGUCUUCAUCUUAACAGGCUAGGAACAGCAACCUUAGCAAGGAACAUUCUAUUAUAUUUGAACAGUGAUAGGAAACAUAAUUGA